GAGAUAAUAAGGAGAACUUAGGUAGAGGUGAACUACCCACCCCCUCCUCUACUCCUACUAGUGUAAGAAAAAACCGACGACGAAGUAAUUUGUUCACCCCGUCUGGGAAGGGUAAGGUGGAGAAGGUGGAUGAUAAGAAGGGUUCAGGGGAGAAGGUGGACAAGGGAGAGGUGGGGAGUGGAAGGAGUAUUCCCAUCAGACAAGGAGUUCUCUACAAGAAAUCUAAUAAAGCAUUUUCAAAGGAUUGGAAGAAGAAGUAUGUGACGCUAUGUGACGAUGGUCGGAUGACAUAUCAUCCUUCUCUUCACGAUUAUAUGGAGAAUAUUCACGGGAAGGAGAUUCCCCUGCAGUAUGUUACAGUAAAGGUCCCUGGUCAGGGCCCACGGGGGAUGAGAACAGUCCCUGUUAUGGGAAACGGCGGGAUGAGUAACGGUAUCGGAGAAAACGGCGGGGCCGGGAACGGGAAGGAGCGGGUAACACUGACCGGUUAUGAAAUGCUGCGUGAAGGCGGGAGCGGGGAGGAAACGGGUGAGAAUAAUGGCGGUGGCCGGUUAGACGCGGGGAAGGAAAACGGGAAACAAGAACAGACAACGCCAAAUGUUAAAAAACGUCACAGACGGGUGAAGUCUAGUAACCCUAAGGGUGGUGGUGAAGAAGAGGAGACCUGGGAGUUCCAGAUAGUCUCCUUGGACAACAAGAACUGGCAGUUCGAGGCAACCAGCCUGGAGGAGAGGGAUCAAUGGGUUCAAGCAAUAGAACAGCAAAUACUUAAUAGUCUACAGGGAAACGAAAUUAGUAAAAGCAAAUGUAACAGUGCUCCAGUAGAUACUGCUGCUAUGAAUAGAAUUAGAUCGGAUAUUCUUGGAAAUUCAAGAUGUGUUGACUGUGAUAGUCCGAAUCCUGACUGGGCCAGCUUAAACCUUGGAGUAUUAGUCUGUAUAGAGUGCUCAGGGAUACAUAGAAACCUAGGCAGCCAUAUAUCAAGGGUUCGAAGUUUGAAUCUUGAUGAAUGGCCUCCUGGUCACCUGGCUGUGUUGACCAGCUUGGGGAACCAGCUGGCUAACUCUAUUUGGGAACAUAGGAUCACGCAUCCUUUUAGAAAACCUAACCCUGAUACACCUAGAGAGGAAAAGGAGAGAUAUAUAAAGGCUAAAUAUGAGAGAAAAGAAUUCCUGGCGCCUCUUCCCCCCUCAACUCAUUCUGCUGCUCAGAGUCUUGUAGACGCUAUCUGCAGAUCUGAUAUGGUUGGAGUAUCCCUAGCAUUGGCCCACUGUAGAGAGGAGGAGGUGAACACAGUGGUUUCCUCGAGGGACACUAGAACACCUUUACAUCUAGCCGCAGCGCUCGGACACCUAGCUAUUGCACAGAUACUCAUCUGGUCCAAUUGUAAUGUGAAGAGUAUAGACCAUGAAGGGAGAAGUUGUUUAUCCCUGGCCAGGAGUAGUGGAGCACAGGAUGUUGUUGAACUGUUGGUUGGGGCGGGGACACCUGAUCCGCCCUACUCUGGUACUCUGCCCAGGGUUCGGGCUCCACCCACUUCUAGAACUAAAGAAAUAUCGUCCAGUGUCCUGUAAAUCGUCCACCAAAGCUCGUCUGGUUGGAUUCAUGGCAGAAAUACAGUUCAGAGAAUUGAGGUCCUUACUCCUUGGGAUCAAAAUACAGAGGAUCAAAGUUCAUUGUGAUUAAAAAUCCAUGAUAUUGGAUCAAAAUUGAUUUGGGUCCAAAUCCAGAAUGAUAAAAGUGAACAGUCCAUUCAAUUAACUCCACCAGAUGGAAAACCUGGACUACGGACGAUCUAUCUAUCUAUCUAGUCAGUGCAAUUCACAGUUUCAAGACGAUACAACACUCCGAACCAAAGAUUUUAGUUUUAAACCCGUUCUAUUUAUUUUCUGCAUUUAAUUUAAAUAAGUUGAGGAGUUAUGUUGAUUAAAUAUGUCCGGACGAAUUUGAUAAAUUCUGAAUAUAUUUAUAAAUAUAUUUAAUGCUUGUUCUGUUUGAACCUGAAUUCACCAAAGAAUAAAAUAAAAUUAAAUAAUAAUGAA